GACACAAUCAUCACUAAUAUAGAGAAGGUAAUUCGUGACACCAUAUCCAGUGGCGGCACCGGUAGUUGCGAUGAGGCCUUCUAUGUGGUGGACAUCGAGGAUAUUGUACGCAAACACAUGAAAUGGUUGCUAAAUAUACCCCGCGUUCAGCCCUAUUAUGCCGUCAAAUGCAAUCCCUCUCCGAUAGUACUCGAGUUGUUGGCGGGACUGGGAGUCGGGUUUGAUUGCGCCUCAAAGAGUGAAAUGGACUUGGUGUUAGACUUGGGUAUACCCGCUAACCGCAUAAUAUACGCCAAUCCCUGUAAAUCUGGUUCAUUCAUACGACACGCCCGCGACAUAGGCGUCAAUAUCAUGACGUUUGACAACGAGCUAGAGCUCCAUAAAAUACGUCAAUAUCACCCUGAUGCUACCUUGGUCAUACGUAUUAGGGUAGAUGAUAGACACUCGCGAUGGCCAUUAGGCACAAAAUUUGGGGCCCAUAAAAGUGAGGUGCGCAAAUUACUACAAACUGUGAUACGGCUAAAUCUCCAGGUGAUCGGGGUCAGUUUUCAUGUGGGCAGUGGGUGUCAAUCUGCCCAGGCAUAUCACCAGGCUAUUGCUGAUGCCAAGUGGGUAUUUGAGGUGGGCCGGGAGCUUGGGUUUAUUAUGAAGUUUUUGGAUAUAGGAGGUGGGUUUCCAGGUGCUGUGUCGGCUAACCAAGCUACUUUUGAGGUCAUGGCACAGGCUGUUAAUAGUGCACUUGAGCUCCAUUUCCCUGCAAUUGACUCAAAUGGCAAUAAAUCUGACAUAUCUAUUAUAUCGGAAUUAGGCAGAUACUAUGUCGGUUCGGCAUUUACAUUGGCCACCAAUAUAAUAGCCAAGAGGUGUGUCCAGUGGGACAGCCCUACCGGGUCGCCCGAAAUGAUGUACUAUUUGAAUGACGGUAUUUAUGGUUCAUUCUUGAGCUCCAAAAUAGAUGGUGUGAUCUUUAAUCCCAUUCCCCUUUCGACUGAUACUAAUGACCGCCCACUAUAUACCUCCACUUUGUGGGGGCCGACAUGUGAUAGUAUCGACUGUAUUAUUAAGGGUGUAGUGCUACCGGAGCUGAAUAUAGGGGAGUGGGUGCAUUUUAAUGAUAUGGGUGCCUAUACCACGAGCUCUAGUACCCAGUUUAAUGGUUUCCCGAGACCUGGAUUAGUAUAUCACGUGUCGGCGCCUAUGAGACAAAUGUUA